CACACCUAGGAUAUAAGCUUACCAUCCUAGGGCUGGCCUGCACUUCCAAGGCCACAGCAACCGAGACAAGCUGACCUGCCAGGCACUCCUGGCAGGCUCUCCAUACAUCCUGACAAAGAUGGCCUCCAGCAGGCACAGAGCCUGCCAGCUGAGCAAUCCUCACAGAGAAAGCCAUUCAUAGAUGCACCAGGAUGUGGCCUGAGAAGGUGAAAUGUGGCCACGGGACACUGUGGUGAGCAUGAAGAUGGAUCACAUGUCUCCCAGGCUGAGAGCCUUCCUCUCUGAACCCAUUGGAGAAAAGGAUGUUGCCUGGGUGGACGGGAUCAGCCGUGAGCUUGCAAUCAAUUUGGUCACCAAAGGUUUCAACAAGGCCUACAUCCUGUUGGGACAGUUCCUUCUGAUGCACAAGAACGAAGCAGAGUUUCAGAAGUGGCUCAUCUGUUGUUGUGGUGCCACCGAGUGUGAGGCCCAGGAGAGUUCUCAUUGUCUGAAGGAGUGGUGCUCCUGCUUCCUAUAGACACACACCUCCUGGCUCUGAUGCCUGGGUAAACAGCGCACUCUGUACUGGCACCCAGGCUUGGAGUCAUUAUUUUUGUGUUUAACUUGAAGGAUACACGUUCAUUAUACAAAGUCAUGCAUGAAUAUAAAAGAGGACAGACAAAAGACAAAUGAUCCCC